AUGCGCGAAUUUAUAGGCAGCGGAAGCAAAGACUCGGACAGCGACGAACCUCAAUCAACACCAGCACCUCCACGACAACCUAGACGAUCUUUGAGGAUUAGACGUAGACGAUACGCGAUAAACCAUCCGUCCCCACAUUUACGGCGAUCGUCUGACGCUACUCGAGAUCUAAAGCAGAUUGCGAAACGACCGCAACCACGCCCGUUUCCUGGAAAGUCACAAUAUGACGUUUAUCGAACUCAGAGUCAGCAACGUGCCAGAGCUGCAUUGCACCAUCUGUUCCCACCACGCCGCGGUAGCGGGUCUUUCUCGAGGCGCAUCCCUGAACCAACUGUGGUAAUGCAAGCACUAUCGCCAGACCAACCCGAAUCGAUCUCUCCCCUCGACCAGAUGGCUUCAUCGCCACAAGAUCUCUCACCGCACACUUCACCACAACCUGUAUCACUACACGCUUCGCCAGCACACGCUCCGCCGACACGUACUUCACCACCACGACCCCCUUCAAUACAAGGUCCAUUGCCCCACGCUACUUCGACACAUAGACCACCGAGCUUGGGAAGUCGUAAGUCGUCGAUGCCAUCCUGGUACGUUGAAAAUACAGAGAUAGGCACAGUACAGAGCGAUGAAGGUAGCAGCGAGAGUUCUUACGAAUCUUCAGAGAAGGAUCAAAGCGAGCAUCCGAGCAACAAAGCUAUGUCCGAUAAUGCUUCAGCUAAAAACGAUCUAGAAGUCGAAAUUGUUGGUGUUGAUGAAGAGUUCAACGCGCAAGCGUUAGUCCCUAGCCUCAACGAUGAUAUCCUAGCAGAAAUGGAAUCAGAUGAAGAUUCAGACGAUGAUGUUAUCAUGUUUGACCAACUAUCCUUUCAGGUCACCUUCGAGAACUUGUGGGGCCAGACAGAAACUCAAAAUUGCUGCAUACGACUUAGUAGUGGUUCGGUACAGAGGUAUAGAGUCUGGGCUCGAGAACAGACUGGCCAGCAACGACGGGAGUUCGACGGAAAAGUACGCUCGCCUAUUCCUCGCACGCUUUUCAGACGCCAUCCUCCUGAGAAAUUUAUAUUUCCCGCAUUCCUAGAACUGUGGGAUCAUGCACAUAAGCUACAAGAAAACCAUUUGAAGGCAAAGAAAAGGAUCGUGCAACUAAAGGGAAAGGUUGAGUCUCUUAGUUGCCUGUUAGAAGUACCCGAUCCCAUGCUUCAGAAUGAGCUUUUCGCAGUGGAACACGAGGAUACGGAACCGGCCCGAGCUAGGGAGAACUCGCAGGAGCCUGCUCAGCAGCCGGACCAAGGCAAGUUUGCAAAACAACCUGUACAUGAAGUCCAGCAGCAGCAGCAGCAGCAGCAGCUUCGCAACAGCGAUGCGCCUCCUCAGCAGGUAUCCCGCCUAGAAACCCAUACAAUAUCGCUCGGCAGUGACAAAAAGAUUGAUGUGCACGAAAGCUCUUGGCAGGACCAGCUUAACAAGCUGAAGAGCGAGUCGCAGCAGCUUAGGGAUUGUAAUUUUGAGAUGAAAUCGUACAAUAGAAAGCUGCAAAAUGAGUUACAACUGAGCAUCGAACGUCAUGCUCAGAGCAUGGACAGAAGCAAGGCGCUCCAAAAAGUGAUCGAGGCAAAAACCAAGGUGUUAAGUAAGAAGACUAGACAACUAAGCGAAUUGCAGAAGCGGAACGCUGAAUUAGUCAAGGCACUUCGGACACAUGAUACAGUGGUUGGUGCACAACAGGAGCGGGAAGGAUUUGAUGCAGAAUACCUCAAGGUCAAGCGUCAACGUGACCGCUCAUUGCAGACUCUCGACCAUGUACAAACAUCUAUGCACCAAACAGCAGGGUGUCAAGCAGCACGGCAACAACAAAUAGCUAUUCAACGUGAGCGUCAAAGACUAACGCCGCCUGCUGAUGUUGCUAGCAUACAGGAACAGGUCACUCCCUUCGUCAAGGAGGCUGGGACGCCGGACACAAUGGAACAACUGAAAAGGUUGCGCAACCACAGACCUGACUCUGACAAACUCGAUGCUGCACCUAUCUCGUCGAAUGCUGGUGCUAGACCGUCCACGACCGCUAAACUUGGCCAGACCGACCACAAGAAAUCUCGGCCCGCUCCAAUCAAAAGACCUAUGGGAAAACCUAGAAAUCUUGAGGCUACAGAAAUCACAAGAUCGUUCAGUUUUGCGCGCAGUUUGCCAGGUCCUAGUCUCAAACAUCCCAUUCGCGAUCCUGCAACCAACAAAAGUCCUGUUGUGCAAUCGAAAACAGAUCCUUUAGAAGCUCCAGGUGAAGAUGUCUCAAUCGAUUCGAGCGCGACUUCGAAGGUUAUAGUCUCUCCAAAACUGUUGGCAGGGCAGGACAGUAUUGACGUGGCGCAUCAAUUUGGCGACCUCACAGCAUUGUGGAAAAGGAUAGAUCAGAGUAACUAUGUCUUCAAUGACACAGCUCUGAUUCUGUAUAAUGUCUACGGAAUGAACAGAAGUAAAAGAACACAACUCUUCUCGCGAGGAGAUUAUGUAUAUGUUGCUAUCCUCGUACAGAACGAGUUUUGGCUCGUAAAGGCUGAUACAUUGAGCUCGAUCUUUAUUCUUCCGAGAACAGCAGCUACCUUAGUUUGUCCUCAUGGUCAGAUGUAUUGCGAAAUAUACGAGGUCGUCUACGGUCACGAAGUUGACGACGAGGACAUGCAUAUCUUUCUGACACCACUCAUAUCCCUGCCACAUCCGCCUUCCUACGGCAAGAAAGAGCUGUCCUUUAGAUUUGUUCACUGUGCUCACUCUCAGACAAGCACUGGUCCAUUCAGCGAUGGAUUUGGUGAGCUGUACAGAUGUGUAAGAACCCUGGGUGGAGAGAAGAACGGAUGGUAUCCUGCUAUAUUGUUGUCCCAAAGUCCUGUGUCUAUAACCGACUACGCACCAACUCUAUGUCCAUGCAGUCAACCCCAGCCCUACACUAGUACCGCAGACGUACUGAAAGAUUGUCACAGCAUUCUAGCACCAUUUGGGACGGAGGGUACUUUCAGCCUUUAUGAGCACGAUCUCGUUGACAUCGCCCAUCUGCAUCCACAAGGGCGUCAAUUAUAUUGCAUUCUCCAUCGAAAGACUGGUCAAAGAGGCUGGGUUGAUGCUUUUAAUUUACGCGUUCAUCGGCAGCCUGUUGCGAAUGAGCAUGGAGAUAUUUAUUACGACAUCACUCCAAGACUUUUCGAUUUCUCCAUGGAUUCGCCUAUGGGUGGACAGAAUUGGAGCGGUAAAGAUUAUUCUCGGUCUUACGAAAUGCCAACGGGCUACAAGGACAUCCCAGUCAGGCGCUACGAUAAUUGGCGCACCGGGCCGCCCAUAGGCAAAUACGUCGCAUACAACGAUUACAUGCAGCUUCCGAGACCAUGGAAGGAUACACUGGCAGUCAACUGCUUUGGUCCAAGAAGAGGUAGAAACCGAGCAAGACCCCGUUCGCUCAUUCAUGAUACAGAGUAUGAGCAUCGCCUUAUCAAACGCAAUGCGAAUAUUGGGUGGCAGCCGAAGAGAACCAUUGCCGAUAGCCAAUUACUAGAUAGAGACUACAAUUCAGAUCCUAUUACAAAGGAAGCACGAUCAAGAAAACUCAAGUACGAAUAUAGAACAAAGUCUAGAGGCCAUGUUAUACAAGUUCUUGCUGCCGAUCCCGAUGAGUACCUUGACGGCCCUUGGUCGGAUCGAAACAGGAAUGACUGGAUCAGCAAUUACCGGGGCAGAGGCGGUAAUAUUGACGAACGAGGGCUCGCUGUCCUUAAUGCCAUGACGGUGAAAGAGAGAAAACAGGUCGAAGGAGAUACUGGCUCGGGUGAUGAUGCCACCGAGGCUGAGAGUAUGACAACUCAGGAGUCGGAUCGAAUGCAAUACGACAAGCUCGCCGAAGACUGGGAACGCGGUUACGAUCUCGUCUACCAGUUGUCUGAUACUAGUUCGAAGGUUUACGGGCUGGGAAAGACGUUUGUGAGAGUGUUUGACCUUUCUGAUGAUACGUUAGUCGUACAAGACAUCGAGUACCUCAACCGGAAAUUUCGUGUACCUAUUGGGAAAAUAGAUGCCUUCCAGCCUCUUCUUCGGACAGCCACUACGGGUCAUCGACCAGAUACUCAAGUCAUUUUACUGGAGAGGUUUGCUGAUGACGAAGGAGAAGGCGACGAAAGCGAAACCUUAUACUUAUGCGUCUGUGCAGAAGAGGUGCACAACUGGUUCACCCGGGAUUUGCACAUAGAGGACGAGCAGCAUUGGCAAUCUCUUGAAGCCGUGCUUCAACGUAUUAGAGAAGCCCACGAAUCCGACAAGGUCGAUCUCCCGAUUCCGCCAGUACGUGAUUGGGAUUUUUUCUACACGGUCUUGUAUCUUGAAAAUAGCGCCUUCGAGAAUGAUUUGCAGAUACAACCAGGUGAACCCGUGUAUUUGGACAGGAGUGAAUCCGCACCAUCUGGUAAUUGUUACUGUCGUACCCAGCCUGAAGGCAAACACAAGGCUUUGUUCGAAGAGAAACAGCUCGAUAUGCUGAACCACUACCUCCGUGUUCUGAGUCCCGCCGCUGACGAUCCGGACCUAAAGCAGCUGGAUUAUGUGAUCGUCCUCAAGAAGUUCGAAGACAAGUACUGCUGCAGCUUGCCAGGCCAACGUAAGAAGUGGUUCUCCGAAUUUCAACUACAGGCCAUUACAAGCACUAUGAAAGAGUCACACGACUUGUUUAAGAACCUCGUCGAUCUGAGUUAUCUGUCUGCUGAUGACUGGGAAGAAUUUUUACAGUCCUUUGAUUCUCACCCGGGUCCAGCUCAGUCUUCAGCAGGUGUGCUGUCGAUGGACUCUACGGACAUUGGUUUUGAUGAAGAAAUUAUGUCAGAUCAUAUGAUCCAGGAUCCUGCCUCUAACAGAUCGUCGCAAGCAUCUGCACAAUCUGGACAUACAUCCACAAGUCCACGAUUCGUGCAACACACUACACCAGACAUUGAUGAGGUUGCGCAGAAGCCCGAACAAACAGAAUUUCCGGAUUUGUCAUCUCCCACGGUCGAGCGAUACAGUCCUGUCGGACAACCGACAACAACAAUGCCAGCUUCACAGUCCUCCGCCCCCAACACAGUCGGUGCUGAGAAAGUGAAUUCGAACUCUCGCGACUCGACUAUUCUUCAACGCCCCUCAAAGAGUGCCUCUGUCGUAAUAUCUGCUGAGAAAAAUGGCUGCAAGAUCUCGUACACGGACCUAGACCCUGAGCGAUUCCAAAAAGCCCGGCACGACCUCGACGCAAUCCCUUCAGACGAACCAGGCACCAAUUUAAAGUCGAACACGAAUCAUCGGGCCGAUGGGAAAUUUGGAGGAGCAAGACUGGUUGAGGAGAUCGUUGACGACGUUUUGGAGCAAAAGCUCAGUGCUAGGGAGUCAGUCGAUGCUAUUCUCAAGGAGGUAACAAGAAGGCCUUCCACACAUACUAGAUCAGUGUCUAUAGGGAACAGGGGCGACUCUGCCUUGAGCGAUUCGUCCACUCGUAGUGCCUCAGCCGGAUUUUUCUCAGGGACUACUCUCCAUACUAGCCGGAAGUACGGUUCGAGAAUGUGGACGCUUCCGCAAUCAACGCGGCCUACUGAUUCGUAUGACCAGGAAUCCUUGCUCCAAGAGAUAAGGAGAAAACAACACGAAGAAUCAAAGCGACAACGCAGAUCCUACAGAGACUAUUGGCGUAAAGAGCGUGCCGAGCGCGAGCGGAGCAACAUACAUCACAAAAACAAGGCUGCAGACGAGAUGUCGGCAAUACUGAAUGCUCAACCAACUAGCUACGAAACGUUCAGACGGAGGUUCCUGGAUAGAAGGGAAACGCCAGAGCAUAUGGAUCGUCGCGAGAACAAGAAUAGUGCGCUCGGUGAGACGUUGGCCGAACUCGAUCCCCAUCCAGCUGCAGACAGUCAGAAGUCCGAAGACAGAUCGCCUGAUUUAACUCACAGGAAGCCCUCUUCCCGUGAGUCACCUCUCGACACAUGGAACGCACCAUUCCAAAUCACGAUCGAAAGUGACAACGAAGGCGAAGACCACGACGACGACACAACCGAAGCCAGUGUAAGCCCGGAAAGUAUCAUAUCGCCACGUUCAUCCUUCUCUAUGCGACAGCAGCAGCAGCAUCAUCUCCUCCAAGAACCUAAACCGCUUUCCACUCCGACCUACUCAUUGGUCAUUUACUGGCUCGCCAUGCUCUGGAUGUUCAUCAGCAUGUAUGCCAUGCGACGGGAGUGGCUGGACGUUAAUGGUGUUGGUAUGGGUGCACAGCUUGUAAAGAAUCGAAGGGAUGCAUAUAGUGGUGAUGGGUGGGAGUGGGCAGUUUGGGAGAUGGUGAAGAGAGGGUUCUCGGAGCGGUAG